GAUCUAUCCUCACAACACUCAUAAACAUGGAUAAAGAAGAUCACUUUAAUAUAUCUAUCCUUCUAAGCUUUUGUAAACACUGUGGUGAUGAUUAUGCAGGUUUAGUACCAAGAAAAUGAGAAUUCUGUCAGAAAAAUAUGAAAUUCAGAUACCAAGGGGUACUUUUCUACCUCCAGAAAAACAACAAAAUGUGAGAGGUCUGUUAAGAGAGUACUUCAACUCUAUUAGUAAACAUUUGGUCAAGGACCACCAAGAAAUGCAGAACUUUGAGAAACAAAAUUUACGAAUAUUACAGACUAAAGGAGAGCUAAGUCAAGACAGAAAAGAAAAACUUGAAGCUAUGCAGUCAGCAUUUGAUAAAUUAUUGCAAAAUGCUCAAAGUUUUGCAGAUAUUUUAGAUGAAGAUAUGCCAGAAUUAAAAAACACAAAAUAUGCCAAAAAGUGAAGAGAGUAUGAUAAUAACUGGGUCAGGUACAGACAUAGAUGACUUUGCAAUAAAUGCUGAGAAUAUAUGGUGCGAUACUGAGACUCAGAAGUUUUAUUGUGACCUUCCAGAAUUGACUGUUUUCCUUCCAACUGCAUUUUUAAAUAAAGGUCAAAAUGUUCCUACUAAUGAAAUUACUGAAGAGGUGCUCGAUUCUGAGCUUCCAGCAGAAGAACUCGAGGAUGAUGGAAAGCUGGAGGAACCUUCAGCAGCUGUUGCAGAAGAAGAGAAUGAAGAUCCCUCUACAAGUACAGCAAGCAAUAAAAUUGUGUUGGAGGCAUUUCUGAAUAAUUUACCAAAUUGUGUCAAUAGAGAAAUGAUUGAUAAUGCUGCUAUUGACUUCUUGGUAACCUUGAACAACAAGCAUAAUAGAAGAAAGCUUGUGCGCGCAUUAUUUGGUGUUAAUAGGACGCGGUUAGACCUUCCAUUCUAUGCCAGAUUUGUUGCAAUUUUGCAUCCAGCUUUGCCAGAAGUAGGAGCGGAACUGUGCCAGAUGCUCAGACAAGACUUCAAAUAUCAUGUGAGGAAGAAGGAUCAAAUCAACAUUGAAUCGAAGAUUAAGGUUGUGCGCUUCAUAGGAGAGCUUGUUAAGUUUAAGCUCUAUUCCAAAAUAGAAGCUUUAUAUUGUCUUAAAGUAUUACUGCACGAUUUUUCGCAUCAUCAUAUUGAGAUGGUGUGCAAUUUGUUGGAAGUGUGUGGUAGAUUUUUGUAUUGCAGCCCCGACUCCCACCAAAGGACAAAAGUAUAUCUGGAACAAAUGAUGCGAAAAAAGUCUGUAAUGGCUUUAGACUCAAGAUAUGUAACACAAAUAGAGAAUGCUUAUUACUAUGUGAAUCCACCUGAAAUGGUUUCUGUGGCAAAGAAGAAAGACCUCCGAUACAUCAGUUCAUCAGGAAGAUAUUAUUUCAAGAUUUGCAGAAAAACAAUACUGAAAAAAUUAUGAGAUUGAUGAGGAAGUUGGAUUGGAACAGUCCAGAAAUGUCUGCAUACUCCAUAAAAUGUCUUACUGCAGUCCAUAAUUUAAAGUAUUUCAACAUAAGGUGUUUGGCAAACCUACUGGCUGGUCUGGUAGCAUAUCAAGAAGAAGUAGGUACCAAAGUUGUUGAUGGUGUAUUGGAAGAUAUUAGAUUAGGAAUGGAGGUCAACCUGCCAAAAUUUAACCAACGGCGUGUAGCACAAGUGAAGUAUCUUGGAGAACUGUAUAACUACAGAAUGGUGGAGAGUUCAGAUAUCUUCAAGGUAUAUAAAGAUUACUAUUUUUUCUGAUGUGUUGUUGUAGUAUUUAUUAUGGCUACAUUUAUCGCCAACAACAUUUCAGGUCCUAUAUUCUCUAAUUUCUUUUGGCGUAUCAAUGGAUCCUAAUGAACCUUCACCUUUGGAUCCGCCUGACCACCUAUUUCGGAUAAGGUUAGCUUGUGUGUUAUUAGAAACUUGUGGUACAUAUUUUAGCAGCGGAACUAGCAAAAGAAAUUAGAUUACUAUCUUGUAUUCCUCCAAGCUUACUAUUGGUUCAAGAAAUCGCUUUGGAAGGAUGCAUUCCCGCCUAUACUGGAACACAUUUACAAGGACACAUUAACGACACUGAGACCAAAAAUGAAGCAAUGUCAAAGUUAUGAGGAAGCUUUAGAAGAAUUGGAAAAGAUUAGAACCGCUUUAGGAGUUGAAAAACUGUUAGAAAUGGAUAAUAAAGUGAACUCAGAAGAAGGCUUGGAUACGAUUACAGAAACAGAUAAUGAAGAAGCAGGCGAUGAAGAAAAUUCAGAAUGUGUAACUGGUCCUAUUACAGAUGACACCGCCACCGAGGAUGAAACCGUAGAUCAUACCCAGGCAUCAGAUGACGAAGUUGACCAGUUAACUAGUGAGACUGAACAAGAUGGCAUAUCUGAAUCUGUGGCUAUUCCAAAAGGUCCCAAAAAAGUAGAGUGCCAGAAGAUUCAGAUUUCUUGAAUGCUUUGGAAAAAAUGGUUCCGAGAAUAUCCAAGAGAGAAUGAAAGAGCCUGUUAAAGCCACCAAUGUUGACAUAUCAGUACCUGUUAUAUUAAAGUCAGGCGUCAAGAAGACAUAUGAACAGCUGCAGGAUUCAACGACCGAAGAUAAAGAAGCUAAAAUAGACUUUGUAUUAAUGGUUCGUAAGGGAAACAAGCCAAUACAAACAAUUUGAAGCUCCAGUAGAUUCCGAAUUGGCACAAAACCUUCGAGAUCAAGAGCAAAUGCAAAAAGAAGAGAAAGAGAAAGUUAAACGUCUCACGUUGAAUAUCACAGAGCGUUUUGAAGAAGAAGAUUACCAAGAGAUGAUCCAACAGCAAAAUAGACCAAUUACACAAAAUCUGAACAGAGAAAGGAAGAAAUACCAGCAUCCCAAAGGGGCACCUGAUGCUGAUUUGAUAUUUGGGCCAAAGAGAGUUAGAUAGUUGAUCCUAAGCAGAAUUACUGGAAUUUGGCUUAUCUGCUUUUUGAUAAUCAUUUUGACGUUUUUCUAUGUGAAACAAAAGAUUGUACGUACGAUUAGAAGAUCAGUUCGAGUUACUAACGUACUGAUUCUCACAGAUGCUCUUCUAACAAGAAAAACUUUAAAGAAUACUGAAAACCAUUAGAUCUGUUAUAGUAGUGUUUCUAACACUUAUCAGAAGAACGGUUUGAUUUUGUUUGGUUUACUGUUUUGAAAUGAAC